UUAAAAAGACUUGCUUCAGAGUUCAGGCAGCAGGUGUGUGUUUUUGUGACUGGGCAGCUGGAGCUUGUAAUAAUUUAGGGAGUAGUUAUGCUGAGAUUCCUAUUCUGGAACAAUGCCAGUACCAGAGGCAUCUAAAAACCACAGAGUUGAGGCACCUGUGGUACCAAAUGCACAUAUGAGCAGCAGACUCAAGGUACCUGUGGUACCAGGUCCACCUAAGAAUGGCAGAAUCAAGGUGCUGGCAGCCACCAAAGUGUUGAAUCCUCGAGAUUUUGUGUGCAUUCAGGCUUUGCCUGGCUUUGCUCAGAAAGAAGGAAAGGUCUUGGCCAGAAGCAGAACAAUUUACAAAAGCAGUGAACCUCCAAGAGAACAAGUGUUCUGGGAAACUUACCAUAGGAGGCAAAAGCAAUUCACUCAGGGACACUUCACCCCCAUUGGGAAGCCUUAUCAGGAGAUUGGAGAGAUUAUCUACACAGACCCGAAGAAACUCACCCUCUACUCUUUGGGGCAGCUUGCACAGGAACCAGUGAAAAAAGAUGUACAGGAAAAACCACCCAAAGAAGUGGCUGAGGUUACUACUAACAAGUACUCUUUCAAUCUAGAGUUUGAUCACUUCCAGUCUGAUCCACUGGAACCAGUGAAGAGGCUCUACCCAUUUAGAGAAACAGGAAAGGAGCUGAGGACUCUUAGUAAAGCUCUAGCUCACACAAGGCGUCACAUCAAUUCUGUGAAGCAAGGUGGAGAAUACUUUCAUAUACUUCACCAAGAAUCACUGGAGAGGAAGAACACACUGAAAGCAGCCCAGCAGGCUCAGGGCAUGAGAUUGAGAACUGAGUUCCAGCCACCCAAAUACUACUCCGAUGCAGAGGAGUCAGAGGAAGAAAUAAACGCUUGUUCUCUAGCAGAAGGCAACCAGCUGAGGAAGUCAGGGAAGAAGAAAAAAAAUAUGACUUUACGGUCUUUCACUCCUGUUUAUACCAGUGUCUUGAUUCCAAGCCCCCCUGGAGCAAAAAGUGAACAUCUCUUCCGACAACUGUGCGCCAUACACUGGCUUUUGGAAGCUUUGACUCUCGAAUCCAACAGUUCAAUGCAUUCCAUAUUAACCUGUUGGAAUCCAACGGAUCCUGGUGGUUGCAAAAAAACAGUAAGAGAAAUCGAAGAGGAAAAGUUAGCAACAUACAUGUGGGAGCUCUUUAUUACAAACACAAAGAGAUGCACCUGGAAAGCACGAUACAAUCCAUUUAGCAGGAAGUUAAACAAGGCAUAUACUCCACGUAUCUCUCAGCUUAGCAGUCAGUCAUCUCCCUGUGGUCAAACUCCUCGUGGCAGCGAAACUUCCACUGUACUUUGCGCUGAAGACAACGUCGAGAUUAAUGUAGCUUCAUCUGAUAUUAUGAGUGAGUCAGCACAAUCUAAAGAACAACAACCUCUUUUCCCAUCCCUACAGAAAGCCAUCCAGGUAACACAUGAAGAGGUGUCAAAAGGUGUCCAUAAACAAGAGGAUAUGGUUAAGAAGAUUGGAUUGCAGCGCUUCCAUAUCAGCUCUUUCAUUAAAAGCAAAUCUAACUUGUGUGCUGCUAUGAGGCAAAAGUUCACAGCAGUACGUGAAGAAGCAGCUCACAGUUUACACAAUACCCUAAUGAACCUUGAGAGGAGACAGGAAGAGCGGUGUUGUCAAAAAUAUGAGGCUUUGAAACAAUUGAAGUAUUUCAGAAGAGACAUGGAAAGAAUAAGACAGCUGGGUGUGAGAGCUGAAAGAGAACAUGAUGAAGGUGGACUAAACUGGUUUCCUGUAUUGCUUGCCAGACUUCCAGAGUCUGUAAAGAGUGACCAUUAUGUACAGAAAAUCUUAAAGAAACUGGAAAAAUAUGGCAAGAUUCCCAACUUGAAAAUUCAUCCAGACACCUUUCUUAAGGCUCUGGCUGAUCUACAGGUGUGGGAGCUGUGUUCUCCAGAAGUUGCUGCAGCUGUGGAGUUUGUACGUGAAAGUAUUGUGCAGAUGCCAGAAGAGGACUUCAGUGAGUGGUUUCAGACAAAAGUAGCCCCGCUCAGUGCACAGUCCUCCACCUUUUAAUCAAAUGGCCAGAUGAGAUGAAUUUCCAGCUACAACUGUCUUCAAGCAGAAAACUACUGUCUGUGGAGAUCUGCCUCAAGGAAGACUAGGGAAGGGGAGUUAACUUCAGGAGGUCCCAUUUGACCACUCUUGCACAACUGAAAUUUGUCCCUGUACAGUGCUCUGCUGGCUGUAGUCAGCUGUAGAAAAUAAAAGCUAAAUACUGUU